AUGAAGUUUCUGUUUGCCUUUGCCACUCUGGCUGCUGCCGUCUCUGGCACCACGUUUCUCCCCAUGGCUGACUGCGCCUGUCUUGGACAAACAGGACCAUGCUUCUGCUCAGCAGACUACUCACCUAUCAACGUCAAAGAAGGGUCCUACUGCAGCUGCUACCACGACGCCUAUGACCGGCUUGUAUGCGACGGUUGUGAAGACGAAAAGGCUCGAAAGCACCCUAUGAAGAAGCACCUCGUUUGGGGUGCCGCUAACGAGCAGUGCAUGAAGAUUACAGAUGGUCGCCUCGGCCCGGUUGCCGAACCUACACCGUGUGCUGGCGCACCUCAGCGAAAAGUUACACAGAUUUCGCGUGGCGAUGGACACAACUGCGACUGUCUUAUUGAAGGUAGUGUUGAUGGGCACAGGAUCCCAUGCCCAUGCAAGGAGACUUCGUUUGAGACGCGGAUGGCCUCGAUGCGCAUGUCGCAAACUGAAACUAGGAGCUUCGAUUCGAGCAGGUUACAACGCCGUGGGCCCCAAGAUUUACAUUGCAUGUGCAUUGCCAACUUUGAAGACGGUGCCUAUGUACCGUGCGGAUGUGACGGAAAGCAAAACCUGUUGGGUGUCUUGUCCAUGAUUUAG